AUGCGAUCACUCCAGAGAUUUGCAAUGAGAGGCAUAACGGGCAGUGGGACUGAGGCUCGCAACUUUGCGGUGUCUACAAUCCUCCAAGGACUUUAUGGUGUCCACAAUCUUCCAAGGACAUUAAGGUUUCCACAAUCUUCAAAGAACUUUGCGGUGUCCACAAUCUUCCAAGGACUUUACGGUGUCUACAAUCUUCCAAAGACUUUAUGGUGUCCACAGUCUUCCAAGGACGUUACGGUGUCCACAAUCUUCAAAGAACUUUCCGGUGUCCACAAUCUUCCAAGGACUUUACGGUGUCUACAAUCUUCCAAGGACUUUAUGGUGUCCCCAAUCUUCCAAGGACGUUACGGUGUCCACAAUCUUCAAAGAACUUUCCGGUGUCCACAAUCUUCCAAGGACUUUCCGGUGUCCACAAUCUUCCAAGGACUUUAUGGUGUCCACAAUCUUCCAAGGACUUUACGGUGUCCACAAUCUUCUAAGGACUUUAUGGUGUCCACAGUCUUCCAAGGACUCUUCGGUGUCCACAAUCUUCAAAGAACUUUGCGGUGUCCACAAUCUUCCAUAGACUUUAUGGUGUCCACAAUCUUCCAAGGACGUUAUGGUGUCUACAAUCUUCAAAUAACUUUGUGGUGUCCACAAUCUUCCAGAGACUUUAUGGUGUCAAUAAUCUUCCAAGGACGUUACGGUGUACACAAUCUUCCAAGGACUCUACGGUGUCCACAAUCUUCAAAGAACUUUGCGGUGUCCACAAUCUUUCAAAGACUUUACGGUGUCCACAAUCUUCCAAGGACUUUAUGGCGUCCACAAUCUUCCAAGGACUUUAUGGUGUCCACAAUCUUCAAAGAACUUUGCGGUGUCCACAAUUUUCCAAGGACUUUAUGGUGUCUACAAUCUUUCAAGGACUUUAUGGUGUCUACAAACUUCCAAGGACUUUAUACGGUGUCUACAAUCUUCCAAGGACUUUAUUGUGUCUACAAUCUUCCAAGGACUUUAUGGCGUCUACAAUCUUCCAAGGACUUUGUGGUGUCUACAAUCUUCUAA